CAGAAGGGCUGACUGCUCUGGUCAAAUACAUUGACCUCUGUGACCCUCUCCUUUGUCUCGACUGGCACUUUGCUGGACUUCACUGGACUCUUGCUGGACUCAACUGGACUUCAAAAGGAUUCUAUCAGAUUGCAUUGGAUUGUGCCAGUUUCUGCUAGGGUCUGCUGAGUGCUACUUUGCUGUGGCAGUCCAGUCUGCUUUGCUUGGUUAUGUCACAGUGCUGAUAAAUGGAGGCUGAUUAAAGCUGCACUGCCGGGCUACUGGUCUGAGAGUUUGGUCAAUCCAAAGUAAAUGAAGGUAAAUUAGUUUUGGACCGGUUUGUUAGCGUCAGAGGAUAAUAAUACAAUUGUAUUAAUUUCAGAUUGAAGAGAAGGUUUGAAAAAGUCUGGGUUGGCAAGUUGAAGUUUGGAAAAGUAAUUAGAGUGGGUGGGUCUGGGUCAGACAUUGCAGACUGGUUAGCAGGGGUUAGAAAAGGUGGUCAGGAAGUAUCUUUAGUUAGUUUGUUUGCUUGGACGGUAAGCCUGGAUCAUUCAUUUGAAUGUUGGCCUAGUUCAACAUUCAUGUCUUGGUGGAGGAUGAGAAAGAUAAUCAGGAGCAGGAGCAGCAGCAGCAGCGGUAGCAUGAGUCUCCUGUGUGUCCUUUGGCUGCUGAUGGUCUGUGUGGCCCCUGGGAGCCGAGGCCAGAGACUCGGAGAGACGGAGGGCGAGCAGCCAGCAGCCAAGGCUCAACUGGCGGAGAAGGACGUACUGUGCCACCAGAGGGGAUGCUACGCUGUCUUCCUCCAGAGGAGAAUGUUCCGGGAGGCUGGCCGCAGCUGCCGUGAGCGAGGUGGGACCCUGGCAACCAUGCAUAACAGCGAGGCGGCAAGUGUGGUUCAUGAGCUGCUGUCCUCUGUCGAGCCACAGGGGACGAGACCUCGGCUUCGCCUCUGGAUUGGGCUGCACCGACUGUCACGCCAGUGUUCCAGCACACGGCCCCUCCGAGGAUUCGUCUGGGUCACAGGAGACCAGGAUGGCCAGUACACCAACUGGCUUCGUGAUGAGACCCCUGGGCCUUGCCCGGCCCCCCGCUGUGUGGCAAUGACAGUGCACACCACUGAGAGUGCACGUGAGAGUAAUGACAAUUUUGGCUGGAUGGAUGGCUCCUGUGGGCUGGCCCUCGACGGAUACGUUUGCCAGUACAAUUACAAAGAAAUGUGUCCUCCUCUGGAAAAUGAGGGCGGAGGCCCUGCAGUAUACACCACACCGUUUCACCUGGUCAGCACCCUGUUGACUCAUGUUCCUUUUGGAUCAGUGGCCACUCUGCCCUGCCCUGCCGACAGCUCGGACCCAGAGGCUCCUGCUGAGCAGACCGUUCUGUGUAUGGACAAGGGCGAUGAUACAGUGGGCUGGUCCAGGGAAGCACCCCUCUGUUCAUCUGAUGCAGCUCCACGCAACCAGGACUGGUGUAGCGGGGACCACGGAUGCGAGCAGCACUGCCAGAACACAGACACAGAUUAUUACUGCUACUGUUCUGAGGGCUUUAAACUAGAUGAGGACGGCCCCACCAGCCAGCCUCAGAUCAACCCAGCCUGUGUGGCGGCGGGGUGUGAGUACAACUGUGUGGACACGCCUCGGGGUGUCCGCUGCACAUGCCCCCCAGGCUACCAAGUAGGUCCAGACGGCCGUGGGUGCUCUGACGUAGAUGAGUGUCGCCAACAACCAUGCCCGCAGCUCUGCGUCAACACCGCAGGGACUUUCCACUGCGCCUGUCACCCCGGGUACCAACCUGACGACGAGGGCGAGGGCGAAUGCGUGGAUGUGGAUGAGUGCCUCGACGCGGCCACCUGCGAGGGCAUCUGCGAAAACACAGUGGGGUCUUUCACCUGCCUGUGUGCUCCUGGUUAUGAACGUGGGAGCGGCGGGGAGUGUGUGGAUAUCGACGAGUGUGUAGGGGAGUCGCCCUGUCAGCAGCAGUGUCUCAACUACAUGGGAGGGUACCAGUGUUACUGUGACAACGGAUAUGACCUGCAAUCAGAUGGACUGUCCUGUCAGCCUUCACCUGAGGAUGAAGAAUAUUCCACGUUGACCCCUGACCCCACUGAUACCAUCCGCCACCCUAAUUUUGACUCCAACCUUAACCACGACCUCCCCUGGUCCACCUCAUACACCCCUGACCCAAACUUUGAAAAUGACCCUGACUUUGACUCUGACUGGCUGACAAAGACUCCCAAUGAGCUGACCCCUGAUGUGGCUCCACCGCCUCCUGCCUCAGAUGACCACCUGAACCAAAUGGACACCCUCGCCCCCAGACAGUAUCACACCGUCCCACCCCCGACGCAAAAAGACAGCACCGGCAACCAGCUGGAUAAUGAGGCGGAAGCCAAUAAGGCAGGGAAACGAAAGCAUGACAAAAGCUGGCUGCUGGUUGCGCUGCUGGUGCCGCUGUGUGUGUUCCUGGUAGUGAUGCUGGCUCUGGGCAUCGUCUACUGCACUAGCUGUGCGGUUGACAAGAGCCAAAGCUUCUCAGACUGCUAUCGCUGGAUUCUCCCCGUAACGCCUCCUGAGGGGAGGGACAGCAAGCCCCAAGCAUGAACCAUAAAAUAAAUAAAUACACGCACACACUUAUGCACCCACAUGCAAUGUCUGUUAAAAAUUCCUUAGCAGUGCUGAACCGGUCAGUAAAUCUACUAUUUGGAUCUAAAGUACAGUUGACUGGCACUGCCAAUUGUUGAGGAAAACUUUAUAGGUCUGCCAGAUUUUUUUUCUACUUUC